AUGUCUGGAAGCUUUAAAUUCUCAUGGCGGUACUCCGGUUGUUGUGGAUGUUAUUAUGCAGAUCUUCAUUCUCAUUUAUUUACGACCAGGACAAUGUAUUUUAUUUGUAAAAUUUUACGUAUCACAAUACAGAGCGUAGGUUUAAGUUCUCUUAUAUCUCAAUUAAUUCAAAAUAGUUGUUUUUUUUCAAAUCAAUCGGAUUAUUCUGCGAAUUUAGUGGAAACUAGUGUUUUUGAAGAUGAUUUUGAACCGGUGAUUAAUUUAGCUGGUAAGCCACAAAAAGCUCAAAAAACUCCUCAGGAAUUUAUUCGUCCGAGGUAUUAUAGAACAGAAUUAGGAAUUAGGGAUAAACUAUUGACGGCCGUUUUAACCUCGUCAAAUACCAUUUCGGAUUAUGGUACAACUUUUAAUAAAACUACCAAUCACUUAUUUGACAAAACAGUAUUUUUUAUGCAAUCAAAUGGGAAAAAAUUAACAAACGAUAAUAAAUUAAAUGGAAUCGUACAAUUUUCUGAUUCAAGAUCAAUUUUAAAACCUUUUCAUUUAUUAAAAUAUUUGGCUGACAAUUUUUUAGAUGAUUACGAUUAUUUUUUUAUUGUGCGGGACACAACUUAUGUUCGUGGUCGGUUGCUUAAUUUUAUUAUUAAUAAGCUCAGUGUUAGUGUUGACGUUUAUGUUGGGGGAAAAAAAGAGGAUAAUUCUGCCAAUUAUUGUUUAAUAGGCAAAAAAAUAUCACUAAGUUUAGAUUGGUGCGUCAAAAAUAUUUUUUCCGAUUCUGAUGAUGCCAAUCUGGGAAGAUGUAUUUUUCAUUCCACUGGUAUACCAUGUAGUACUGAUAUAAAAAAUCUUAAAAUAUCAUCCUAUUACUUUAAAGUAAAUGAUGAAAUUAAUAUUGAAAAAUUAUCAAAUGAUGAUGAUGAUUUCAAUAAUGCUUUAUCUUUUUGGCCUAUGCCUAGUCCUGCUGUGAUGUUAUUAUUUCAUAUUUAUUUUACAAAGAAAGAAAUAUUUAAGAAAAAAUUAGAAAUCUCAGAAAUUCAAGAAAGAAUACUCAAUGAACCUGUUCUUCUACCUGAUAAUUCCACCAUGGAAAUUGUGUGGCCGAUUGGAAGUCCAUCAUCUGUAAAACCUUUAAAUAGAUUUGAUGUUUUAAGGUGGGAUUAUUUUACUCAAGAUAAAAUAUAUUUAAAGUCUGAUUUUAACAAUGUUGAAGAUUUAAUUGGAGCUGAUUUAUUGGAUAUAAAGCAUGUUAUAAAUGCUUCAAUUAAUUUUGUUAAACAAGAAUAUAAGGGACAGUUGCAAUAUUUAGAAUUAGUUAACGGGUAUAGAAGAUUUGAUUCGACAAGAGGAAUGGAUUAUAUUUUAGAUCUUAAUUUUAAAGAUUGGAAAAGUCAAGAAUUGGUUCGCCGAAGACUUGAAAUAUGUAAAAGACUGGGCCCAGUUGAAUUAGUACCGGUGCCGUACGUUACUGAAAAUACAAGAGUCAACAUGAUAUUAGCCGUUGGAGAAGGGAACAAGGAAGAAAUAUUAUUAUACGAAGCAAAGCAUCAACCAAAAAAAGGAAGCAAAACGGAUAUUUUUGGUGACGUUAAAUCUCAAGCUGUCAAGCAUUCCGAUCGUUUUAAAAAAGAGGGAAAUAAAAUUUCUUGGCUCUCGAUCAAACUUCCAAACGACAAAAUAUUCUCUCCGUCAAUGAUAAAAACAGAAGAAAGGAGAAUCGGUCUUAAUAAUGGAAUUUUAACGAUUGCCAUAUUCGAUCUAGUCAUAAAAAAAUUGUCAUCCGAUAAUAAUUUAAUACUUUAUUGCAGUAGUAAUAUGGAAAUAAGACAGGAUUAUUUGAAUAGAGUUCGAAUGAACACAAUUAAAAAUUGGCAAGUAUUUAGUCCGAUACCAUUUUCAGAAUUCAAUCCGGAUAUUGUGUAUUCGGACGAUUUCGUGAGACCUAAAGAAAUGGACAUAAAUAAAAAUUACGGUCACUACGAUACUCUAAACAACGAUCACAUAAGUUUUUACGUUAAGGAUUACAUAGAAGCGAGGAAAAAAAUCGAACACGCAAUUCCAUACGUAAUGGACGACAAAGAUCUUUCACAAUUGCCUAACCAUUUAUCGAAACAAUUUAUCAAAAACAGAGAUGAGAGUUUAGAUUAUGUUCUCGGUCAAAAUUUUGCAAGUUUCAAAUUAUCAGAUGAUUCAUUCAUAAAAACAAUAGUUAAAAUAUCAUUAAAUUCAAUUUACGGUUUGUUUUUUAAAAUGGAUAACGUUCACAUAUUGAGAGCCGUGGAACCGGGUCUCAGACUCAGAUACGCCAUGAUUGAUUGUAAAAAAAUUUCACAUCCAGAUGAUUUGCUCAAACCUCUUUUAUUUCAACAGUGUAUAGAAAAAAGAAAUUUCAAUACCGGAACUAGGAGUCAAUUAGGCGAAUUUAUAUUAAAUUAUGUUAAAAAAAAUGAUAAACCUUAG